GAGGAUGCUUGACCGGGUGCCUUCAGCUUAGCGAGUCCAGUUAAACUAUCAAGGUCAGCAUCAAUGUCGAAAGUCGUCAAACCCUAGGCUAUUGAUUUUGGGGAAGUGUGUGACGCUACAGAUCAACCUAAAAUUUAUGUAGAUACUUACUGCAAAACUUACAUAAGGCAAAAUAGCUUAACACCCUUCAACCAGAAAUUUGAACCUCACGCGCUGUUUUUGCUUUGACCGUUACAGGAUAUGAUAGGUGGCCUUUUUAUUUACAAUCACAAAGGGGAGGUUCUGAUAUCACGAAUAUUUCGUGAUGAUGUCUCCAGAAAUGCUGCUGAUGCUUUUCGUGUUAACGUUAUACAUGCAAGGCAGCAGGUGCGGUCACCAAUUAGUAUAGUUGCUCGGACAAGUUUCUUCCACGUUAAGAGAGCAAACAUCUGGAUAUGCGCUGUCGCUCGCCGCAAUGUAAACGCAGCAAUGGUUUUCCAACUACUUCAUGCCCUGCUAAAUUUGAUGAAAGAUUACUUUGGAAGGGUUACGGAAGAAAAUAUCAAAAACAACUUUGUUCUUAUAUACGAAAUCCUCGAUGAGGUGAUUGAUUACGGUUACGCUCAAAAUACCGACACUGGUAUUUUGAAGUCGCUCAUAACGCAGGCUGGUACACGCACUGCCAGCAAAGAGGAAACUGCGCAAAUCACAAACCAAGUUACUGGGCAAAUCGGGUGGCGUCGCGAAGGUAUCAAGUAUAGGAGAAAUGAACUGUUUUUGGAUAUAAUGGAGUCGGUUAAUCUGCUUAUGUCUCCGCAGGGACAAGUUUUAUCGGCACAUGUAGCGGGUCGUGUAAUCAUGAAGUCUUAUUUAAGUGGCAUGCCAGAAUGUAAAUUUGGGUUCAAUGACAAAGUUAGUCUCGAAAACAAGCAACGAUCUACAGCUGGUACUGAAGACAGUAGCGGAGGCAUUGCUAUAGAUGACUGUCAGUUUCAUCAGUGUGUGAAAUUGGGUCGAUUCGAAACGGAACAUACCAUCUCCUUUAUUCCACCAGAUGGUGAAUUCGAGUUAAUGCGAUAUCGAACUACUAAGAUCAGUUAUCGGAGUUGAUUCACAUUUCAGCAAGCAGCAUUUCUUCACAUUCUGAUAGCAGCGUUCUUGACAGUAGUUUGACCGAAAAAUGAAUGGUUGUUGAGUUGAGAUUCCCAACCACUUUUUCAAGUUCUUUGCUGCUAGCUUUUAUCCAGACUAGAUUGAUUACAUGCCACUUAGUCAUAUUUUCAGCUUGAUAUCAUGCUUAUAAAGAAUUUUCAGUAAAUCUAGAAUUUAUUCGGUCUUUUUUCCCAUCUUUUUGGUUAAAUCGUAUCCAUGAUUCUUCGUAUGCUUCCUAUAUUUUGAUAGUGGAAUACUGACCACCAAAUUCUCUGACUCGAAAAACACUGAAACUUUGACCAUUAGUUGUAUGUUCUUAUUAUAAUUCGAAGUUGCGUUUUUGAUUCGAUUAUAUUCGAUAGUAAUGGGUUAAGAGAUUAAUGUCUUACAUAGCUUGUGAUAAUAUGAUAAUGAUAAUGAACUAUGGUGAAUCAAUUGUUUAGUGUUCUUUGGUUUCCUGUGACUUUUAUUUACUGUUGAAAAACUAUCUUGGAAUCAUUUGAUUUCCUGGAAACCACCUAUUCGAAACCUAAUUUUGCCACAUUUUUAGCUAAAUAAAUUAAGGGAUUAACUGUUUAUGCAUAAAUUGUGAAAUAAAGUAUGAAAAACUAGGAUUUCUGAUUUUCAUUCGGUAACCCGUGGAAUUAUGAAGAUAGGUUUUACAAAUUGGAAGUACCAAGCUUCAAUUAAAUAAACAUACUUUCUUAUGAAUGGGAUCUUAGUUAUUCAACAGCGAGUGUUGGUGUUAUCAUUGUUCAAAAUAUUCUUACCAAAAAGUGAAUUUCCUGUUGCUCUCUUCUGAUGUACAAACACGGGCAAAUCAACAUAGAAUCUGGCACAGAAGCGUAUCAGUUCAAGUUGACACACUCCACACGCGAAAGAGCAAGUAGAUUGGAAAAGAGUGGUAUCAAAGCUGAGAAAUGUGUAUAAGAAGAGAUGGAAUAAGGAGACGAAGGUUAACAAAAUAUUCACAACUUCCAAAAUGACAAACAGCGUAUAUAUCUGUGGCAUUUUUACUGCUUCUGUGUGAUACCUAAGCAUAGAUUCCCUUCGUCUCGAGGACCCUAACCGAGUAGCUAAAAUCUUUCUACACGGCUCACUUCAGGCUUCGUGGGCUGAUGCCACUUGUUGAUCCGACCACAUGUAACCUUUCAACCCAAUUCUACUUGUACUAAGAAAACAUGUUGAGUUAGGGGGUGACUCAGCUUGCAUAACGCAUGUUCAAGCCACCUCAGUCAAACAUGUUUCUCCUGGAAGCAGUUCAGUCCGUAAGAAAUCAGAGGUGCCUGAUUAUUGGUUAAUAUGCAUACUUUUAUCUAACACCCAACUCGUAUACCAGACACCACUGACUCCAGUGCCUCAAAUGAAGCACAGAACAAAGAAGACUGGACUGAAUGAGAACCUUUAUCACCGCAGAAAACUGGUAAUAGCCUGGGAUAGAUACAUGGGAUGUGACCAUUUUCAGAAUUAAAAACACUGACAUAUAAAAAGUAAGUGUCAAGUAAUCAGUGGUUUGCAUUGGGAAAAUGGACCAACUGGUCAUGGCUUCCAAAAGCGUUAAAGUAGUGGUUUAAAAUGUACUGGAAGACGAGUCAUGUUUUAUACAAAUCUGGGGGACCUUGCAACACCUCUUUUUGUCAAAAAACCUUUUUGAUACCUUCGUUUUAUUGCGUAUAUCUGGAAACAUGCUGUUCGAGAUCGUCUGCAAUCUAUCCAUCUUCUGGGUAGAAGCUUGUUGUUGAUUUCGGUUUCGCUCUCAAUUUGUAUCGUUGCUGAUGUGGACAAGCCCAGUAGGAUGUCCAAAUGUAGGAUUCAAUUUUAUGGCUGCCAAGCAGUUGAUUCUUUUGUUUUGUCCAUUUCUCCUGAUCCACCCUGAUAUCGUACAUUACACUGUGGCGUCUUUUGAUGACAACACUUCCAGUCCAAACGGCGUGUUCGGGUCUGUAAUGUCGGAUGUGAACGCAAUCUUUCUGUUCGUAAUGUGAUUUACCUGUUUGUGUUGUUUGUAAAGUGUUGAUAACGUCGCAUAGUGUGUCGUACACAGCUUUUUCACUUAGAAACAUCCAUCGGAGAUUUAUCAUCUGGUAGGGCAUCAUUAGGCGUUAAGCAAUAGAUCAAUAAGAACUGCUAUAUUACAUUUGUCACCCUUCCUCCUUUUGUAUGGGGAUCUGCAAAUCUUUCUGACUGAAUAUCAGGUUGUAUAAGGUUGUAUAUGGUACUGUGGUAUACGUAUUUGAUUGACGGUAUUUAUAUGGCAAAACUGGGGGGACUCGAGCGAGCUGAGUAAUGAUCCAUCGUCGGAAAUAAUAGUCUCUGGUAACCCAUGGGCAAAGAAAAUAUAUGUAGAAGCAGCAGUUUUUUGACUUGACGACAUAGGCGAUAUUGCAGUGAUCUUCGGUCAUUUGGAAUAAGCAUUGAUAACAAACAGAUAAUGUGUUUCUUGUAAUGGUCCCAUGAGGUCAAUAUAACUUCCAACCCAAGGGCCGUCAGAUAAUGACCAAUUCUUUAGUGGAAGACGCGAAUGGUCCUCAGCUGCCUUUUAGUAUGAUGCGCAGCAACCAACGAACUCAGCUGUACUACAGUCCAUAUUGAGCCAGUAAGCAUAGCUUCUUAGCGAUAACUUUCACACUCUCCUUUUUGGCACGAACAAUGUGAAACUGCUUUAAAAACUUGUAUCUGGAGGGACUUAGAAACUGCUACGCGUUCUUCCAACAUGAAGCGAUUAUUGACGACACCAAAAGAUUCUCUUCUGUUAAACAGUUGUUUCAAGCCACCGGCGAAAGGUCCCUGUAAUCAUUUCGUCUGGAUUUAAUACAUGAUUUCGUGCAUAAUCUGAUCGUUGUUGGUUUCUUUUUUGAUUUGAGCUUCUGUGAUGUAAAGCGCGCGAAUCAUGCAAUCCAAUAAGGGAACUGCAUAAUCUGUGCACACUAAUACAGUAACUGGGUCUUGGCUGAGAAUAGGAUAUUUGCUUAUGAGUCAGGAAAGUGCAUCUGUAUAUUCAGUCUUCUGUUCGGCAAUAUUUGAUAUCGAAGUUAUAACCCAAUAAUUUAACUGCCCCCCCCCUCCGCCAUCGGUGUAGUAGUCUCUUAGCGGAAUGAGCUGUAACUCAACGUUUUCAUCUAGAAAUUGAGAAAAUAGGUUUGUGGUCAGCGAAGUAGAUGAAAUCUGGUGGAAAUUUUGAUAGCGAAAACUAGCGCGACUACUUCCUUUUCAGUCUGCUAGUAGUGUUUAUCAAGUGAAGUAAGAGAUCCCGAUACAUAUAUGACGAUCUUUUGUCAACUACCAGCACGCUCGUGAAAUAGAACGUCAUUAGCACUAGCGACGGAAGUAUCAACUGCAUCGACGAUUGGUAGGUGUCGAUUAUAAUACAUUAAGAUGUCACAGCUGAGAGCGGACUUGCUCCUUUUUACGGCAGUGUCACAUCUUUUUCAACACGAUCAUGGAGCAUCUUUAUGUAGGAGAUUCCGUAUGUGAUGUAGGGAGGACAGGAACGCUGAAUAGUAGCUAUUGAGAACUAGGAAAGAUUGGAGCGUUGCGGUGUUCGUUGGAGUUGGCAUUUGCUGUGUCAUGCGAAUGUUUGUUAGGGUCAGGACGUCGACCAGAUGCACCAAGAGGAAUUGACACUUUUCUGCUCUCAACGGAUUGCUGAACGGGAGGUGGAUGUACUGGGAAAGAUCUCAAUAAAUGUUGGUGAUUAGAGGUUCACAUUCUAAAACGUUUGACCUGCUAGUGUGUAUUCGCUAGGUCAAUUUUUGCAAAAUAAUUGCCUCCAAUCAGAGUGGUGAAUAGAUUAUCUGCAACAGUCAGAGUGUAGUGCUGUCACUCUGAAGGUGGAUUUAGACCUGUUAAAAAAUCAACGCAUAGUCGAAUGGAACCAUUAGCUUUACUAAGGGCGACGUUUGCGGCGGCCCACGAAGAAUGGGAUAUUAGAGUAAUAACACCUUGUUAUUUCAGUCGUUUCAGUUGUGUUUCGACGAGGGGUGACGGCGGAUACAAAAGGGACCUUCUGGGAUUAGAAGCAGGAUAUACGUUUGAUGCCAGUCGUAGAACAGCUUUGGCUAUACUAUAGUGACCGAGGUCAGGCUUGAAAACGUCUGCAUAUUGCAUAACAAUGUCGACAGUAUUCAUCGGGACAUCCGACUAUUGCUAGACUUUGUUACAUACCACAUUCAAUGGGAUGUCAACAGUUUUAAGCUCCCAAAUUAAUUAACUUCCGACAAGUUGAAGUAAACAUCAGUAACGAAAAAACUCCUUCAAAGGUAAUAUUUCGACAUGAGAUGAAGCAGUAGAGUUGAUGUGCUCGGUUGGAGUUUAUCCCCCUCAUGUACUAGUAGCUGCUUGUAUUCUCAGUGGGAGAUCACUGUUAUAUCGGAGGCUGUAUCAAAUUGUAGGCGAGUGGUUGACCAUUUAUAUUGAGCGUUAUAUAUUUCUGUUAAACUGGACUAUAAUAACGAUACCUAUGUUGUUUGAAAGGGCACGAUUUCAUAUCAUAACAACCUCCACGUUGGUUUCUGUUGAUCUUUUUUAUAUGGCAGAGUGUUGCGUCAGACGAUAUAGAGUUAGUCAUUGCUACUAGACGUUUAAUUCCCUGAAUUUUUUCGCCUUCUGGCAGCCAGUCCGUAUGAGGUUGGUAUCUUGACAUAUGUUAGUUUGUUGUAGAUAUUCAUCACCAGUGUCAGCUUUGGUUCUUGUUCAGGACGAUUCAGUAUGCAUGUUCGCAUAUCUUCAAAUCUUGGAGACUGGAGAACGCAGAAAAAUAUGAUUACUUUGAAUUGUUCCUAUGCUUUAUUGGAAAUCCCAAGUUGUGUAUGAAUGUUAUCAUGUUCAUUCAUUACUAAUUUUAUGCACAUUGAAGAGUGAGUGUUGUUCUCCGAACUGCUGGCGUAACGUAUCAAAUGUCCUCUUGCAUGGGUUUGGUCGUAAGGAUUAGAUUGCAGUAACUGUCCAGUUCAUUUACACCAAGCUUUCGGAGUAGAAGUCUGACCCUCCAGGCAUUGUCUUUAUUUGCAAAAGAUCUUUAUAUCUUCGAAAUCAUGUAUCAAAAGUGACAUUGGCAUCUGGUUCGUAUUGAAACUCUGAAAUAUUGAAACCAUUAGUAUCACUAGUAGGAGAUGAAUUGGAGGAAGAUGGAGCGAAAGUGACAAUUUAAAACGUAUAAAAAAAUAAAUGAUGUUUUAUGCCAGUCUAUGCACCUCCUAAUAGUACCGUCGGACGACAACUCUCCGUAAUCUCUGAUACAAAUUAGUUGAGUUCUAGGAGAAAGCUUUGAUCACGAUAAUAUAUUUGCUCAUCACUUCUUCCAGAAACAAGCACUACUACAUUACUUCUGGCUCAAAAACAUUGAAUACUGCCUUCAGAUCUAAAUGUCUAAAGGUUAUUAUUGGACUAGUUAAUCUUUUUUUAAAAUCUAAUGUGGGGUGAAAAUCUGAUCUAUGCAAAAGCAAACACCAUCCCACUUAUUUUAUAAGGUUAUUCACCUUUCCUUACGUAAUUGAGUUUUGUUACGAUGACCCGAUUGAGCUAUUUGGGUAGAAGUAAGUGUAAAUAAGUCGGUAAUAAUAAAGAUAUAUAACCUUACAGUGUAAAAAAGUGAUAGAGUAAUUCCAGCUUCUAAAAGUCGUGCUACUAACAGCCCCAGAGUAAAAGCAGCAAAUAAUUUUUUGGUAGUGCCCAGUAUACCAGUAAUGAUGACCUGCUGUUAAGAGAAGGGUUUAGAACUGCUACAUUCUGUUGUCUCAAAGUCCCGUUCAUUUGUCUUGCGUAAGGUUUGCAAACUAUGAACCCAACCCAAGUAUACUGGUGGAUACAGGUUCCUACUGCAUCUCAAGUUGUAAGUCAUUUCCUUACUUUUACUUUGCGACCUUUUAUCGAAUGAGGUACCUUUGAAAUGUGUUUUGUAUACUUAGUCAUCGCCUACCUCGCCCUGGGAUUUAAACCUGAGUAGAAUCAUGUGGAAAGAGAUUAAAGCUGGUCAGACUAAGAUGGAGACAUUGACUGUUUGUCUGAGUCAUGUAGAAUAAUGUUGUUGGCUUUCUGGUUCAAGUCCUCGAGACAAAAGGAAUCUAUGCUUGGGUAAAAAUGGCGCAGGUAUAUACACUAUUUGUCAUUUUGGAAGUUGUGAAUAUUUUGUUAACCUUCGUCUUCCUGUACACAUUUAUGAGCUUCGAUACCACUCUUUUGCAAUCUAAUUGUUUUUCGUGUCCCUGUGAAUUUUGUCAAUUUAAGCUGAUGCACUUCUGAACCGGAUUCUACAUUGAUUCAUCUAUUUACCUGUAUUUUCAGUCAUUAUCCUUAUGCUAAACUAGCGUUUUGUUUGAAUCGAGAAGUAUUUCGGUAUAUUUUUAUACAAUGCAGAUUUGAAGAUGCUGUCUUUACUGUAGAUUGUUUUCUUUGUCCUAGGAUAAGACGGAUAUCUGGUAUGAAAGAUUGUCAGUUGUCAGCUGAAAUCGAAUUAUUGCAAGCAUCUGAUAAGCAAAAGCGUUGGAUGCGUCCACCAAUUUCUAUGAAUUUCGAGGUACCGUUUGCACCGUCUGGAUUCAAAGUACGCUUUCUGAAAGUGUUCGAAUCCAAGUUGAAUUACUCUGAUCAUGAUGUUGUUAAAUGGGUUCGAUAUAUUGGUAAAAGUGGUCUAUACGAGACGAGAUGUUAGUCAACCGUUGAAUUGAAUUACACAGUUGAACUGAAAACAAAUGUUAUUUACCAAAUCUUUGUAUGAAUACUACAAUCAUCAUUAUUUAUUUUGCUUUAUUGAAGUGAUCAAAUAUUCAAUCAUAUACACACAUGAAUGGCAUAAUAUCCAUUAUAUAUAUUCAAUACUGGUUUUUUUUUUAAUUUAAGAGGGAUAUUCAACGUUCUCAUUUUGUUCUAUCUAUUAGUUUUGGGCAAAACUCUGUACUUGUCUGUCACACAUGUUUGUUUAAGUGCACACUGCAUCUUGACAUGUGGAGCUUGACUCCCCGCCCCCCCCGUGCAUUACAUCUUUUAUGGAGGAGCAUGAAAGGGAGGUGGUCCUGUAAUCACUUGUGCAUUUCUAUGUCUAAUCUUAUAUGCUUACUUUCAUCACCUUUAUGAAAAGUACAGUUUCUCUUUUUAGUGAAAUCGAACAAACAAAAAAGCAGGUUUAUUGCACAAUCAUUCCAUUGUUUACUAUUCCGGUCGUACCCUUUUCUGUCUGUCUCUUUCGGUCUUACUCAGAUUCGAUGUUAGUUGAAUUCAACUUUUUCUUGUCUCAUGAUCCAAUCUGGUUUAAUUAUGAUUCUAUAAGCUGACAAUCAAUCCACUGACAAAUUAUCCUGUGAUUUUACAUGUUUCUUUCUGUGUAUUUAUUCUUGAUUAGCAUUCUAAUAAUACUGGUCGUCAUCAUCAUUAUAAUGAUAACAAUAAAAUAGCUUCAGUGUUUUACUUUUAUCCAUCUGUUAUUAGAUGUAUGUAUUUAUGUAAAAACUACAUCACUCACUGGGGUGCAGGUACAUUCAACCGACAAGUCCCAAAUAGGACGAAAUGCGCGUCCUGGAUUCCACUGCUAACCACUAUCCAUCA